CUUUCCCCUCCCCCCCUCUCCCCCCGCCGAUGAUCAAGAUGGCGCCUUUCACCCGCCGUUUGUUCGUUCGUUUGUUCGUUUGCGCGAUUGAUUCGGUAGCUGUGUGGUGUCUUGCUCUUUCCAGGCCAUGGCGAACCCGUCCAACUCGCCCCGGCACGGCGGCUCCGGGACGCACCACGGCCGCCACAAGACGGCUAGGCGCGGGGGCGCCGGCGGCAGCGGCGGUGGCGGAGACCACUCCCCGCGGGAUCACCAGGAGAGGGGCGCCGGCGGCUGGGACCAUGGCGGUGGCGGCGGCGGGAGGGGUGGCCAGAGAAGCCACCACAACAACGGUGGCAGGAGGGGCGGUGGCAACGGUGGCCCGGGCGGCCCAGGAGGUGGUGGAGUUCCUCACCACGGCGGGUUUGGCGGACGCCGGAGAGGCGGGUUUGAUGGUGGCUUCUUCCGUGGCCCAGGGAUGGGCAUGGGGCCGUACAUGCGGGGCGCACCGCCGCCGCCCCCGCCGCUGGCCGUCGCUCCUCCCUUCAUGGGCCACCCUCCUCCCGGCUCGCAUAUGCGAGCCUUUGCUGGACCGAUGAUGGCGUUUCAUGAUAUGCCAUCGCCCGUGUCUCCUGUUUCCCCAAUGUACUAUGUUGGGCCUCCGCCGCUUCCAGAGGCUCUUAGGGGAAUGGCAUUCGCACCUCAUAUGGUCGGCCCACCUGCUUAUCCCUACUUUCAGCCCCCGGCUGAGCCUGAGCCUGAGCCUGAGCCUGAGCUUGAGCCUGAGCCCGUGGCUGAGCCGGAUUCUGAGGCUCGCCAGAAGCUGCAGAACCAGUUUGAGUUCUACUUCAGCAAGGACAACUUAUGUGGAGAUGUUUACUUGCGGCAACAUAUGGAUGAGGAGGGCUUUGUAUCGGUCCCUUUUAUGUCAACAACUUUCAAUAAGGUCCGGGAAAUCACUGCCGAUAUUCCUAACGCCAAUUUGCAGUAUAUAAUAGAAACAAUUCAGUCCUCAUCUAUACUGGAAGUGAAGGGUGACAAAGUUAGGAGGAAAGAUGACUGGGACAAAUGGUUGAUUCCGAAAGAGAGCAACCCUAAUAUUCCGUCAAGCUCUGCAGCAGCUGUGCCAGGCCCCAGCACCAAUGUCAAUGAUCUGACAGCACAGUUUGGAGGUGUGGGCCUGCAAGAAGCAGCUGGCCCUAGUAGCACGGUGGACCAGAACCAUCAUGAGGUAGUCCAGAAUGGAUCGGCUUCCAGCAAUAACCCAGCACCGGCAGCUGAAGAAAGCGCUGGGCAGCGCUAGCCACACACCGUCUCCUUAUCACACUAUGACUGCAAGGGGUUUUGUCCGAGCGCGAGUGACGAGAGUAGAAAUGAUGAUGAUACUUUGCGAUAUUUGGAAGGUGGUAUGGUAUGCUUGCGGGGUUGGGUUGCAUUAGACUGACAAGUGGGUUCGUUUUGCGGGGUUGAUGUGGCUUUCUGGUUAUUGGUGAAAAUCGGUCUACUAGCUGAAGCGAUAGGCGGCCAAACAAAAAGGUUUAUCGUGUAGGGGGGCAUCAAACGCGAUGAGGGGGAGAAACCGAAGAAGAGGAUGCAAGAAGCUGAUUAGGGCUAGUUGCUUAGUGUGCGAUUCCCGACGGUCGUCGUCGGUUAUUUUGGCUAUGUUGGUAUUUGAAGUCCAAAACUCUGUCGGUUUCUUCCCCCCCAUUUGGAUUUGGAUGUAAACCUCCAUUUUUUGACGGAGGCGGAUGAUGUGAUGAACUUUCUUGUCAGCUGUUUCGCCAAACGAGAAUGUUGUACAACUCCUUGGUGUACUAUUUUACAGAUAUUUCCUCU